AUGGAACAAUUUGGGGAGCUCCUAUACGACCACCACAAAUCCGAUUUUGGCCAAAGUAUCUUCACGAAAGUUGCUCAGAACCACGACAACUUUCAAUGUGGAUAUUUAGAUCGCUUACCGUCAAGAUUCGAGAAGCAGAAGUCGAAUCAGAUCAGAAGGCAGCAAUCUGAUGAAUGUCAUGAAAUGGAAUUCGUAGGCUGUCGGUCGAGGUGGAAGAACGUUCGAGAGUUAUGCAGUUACAAAGGGAGUCAUAAUGGAAUGUUGGUCUAUUUUUAUAUUUUGAGUCUUUUGUCUUUAGUUUUGUAAUUUUAUCCCAACCCAUUUUUUGUUUGUAAU